UAUUUCUUCGAGCCUUUUUUUAAAAAAGAAAAAAAAAACUAUUUUUUGACGCCAAAGCUCCGCGAUCGAGGGAUUUGAAGCCUAAUUUGUGUUCCAUUUGUUGCAAAUUCGAGUCAAUCUUAGUUGCAGACGGUUUCUUCGGAUGAUAGAUGAAUUCGGGGACUCUGAGAAUACGUUUGGUUUUCGAAGAGGGGCACCUACUGAGCAAGUCGCAGAGGAAAAAUGGACUGAAACGGAGUUGGAUUCUUCUGAAAUCUCACCUCCGUUCCAUUUCCGACUUCUCUUCCUAUCUUCUUGACUUUUUCUUGCUUCGCGGUGCUUGUCCUGAUGGCCUCAUUCUUUCUAUGGAUGGUUUUGUUCUACCACCUUUUGAGCCUACUUCUAUUUUGAAGGAUAAAGAUAUUGUUAGGGUGAAGAAGAAUGAGGACAAUGUGUCUGUGGUUGAUCAAAUGGCACACAUGAUGGAGGGGCAACCUGCUGAUGUAUAUGUUCAGCUUCUAGCCAACGAAAAGCUUGUGAAGAAGAAAACAGUUUGUAGGAAGAGGAGGGCACUGAAAACACUUCACAGCUCAAAGAUAAAGAAAAACAAAGUUGCUCCAACUUCCAAAUGUCUGCAGUUUCGUACAGGGCAUAACGGUAGAUUUCAGCAGGAAGUUUUUCUUUCUGAAAAGAGUCUGGUAAAGAAGCACAAAUCAUCCACUGGUCACACUGAUACAAAUGACUCCAACAAGCAAAAGGCUAGUAAACUUCAAAAGUUUUCUCCUCCGGCGAAGGAUAAAAGGCAAAUGAUGAGGAAACAUGUCAAAACUCAGAAGGAAAAGGUACAGCAACAAAGAGUUGAGAAGAGGAACGGUAAGUUACCUGAUGAGAAUUACUUUGAGGACUCUGAACAGCUAGCUGGCAGUAGUGAUGAUGAAGAAAUUGUACCUGUGGUAAUUAGACCAGGACAUGUUCGUUUUCUGCCUCCUGGUCAAGUUCCAGUAGAGGCAAACCAGAUUGUCCAUCCAGCUCAAGCUUCAAUGGACACCAUACAGUUGAAUGGGAUAACAAUUAAGAAUGUACGAAAACGGGGUAAAAGGAAAUCCUCAUCUAGGAUGAGUGAUUGCAAGAACUAUGAAGGACAAAGUUCUAAGCUGCAAGCCAGAAAAGGUUCAGCAACUAAGAACUGCCCAAUUGACUUCAAUAAACUCAAACCUUGUGCUAGCUUGCCCAAGAGAGGUGAUAUAAUUGCAUAUCGUUUAAUAGAAUUAUCAUCAUCCUGGACUCCAGAACUUUCCUCCUUCAGAGUUGGAAAGGUAUCAUGGUGUAAACCUGAAGCAAAUAAGAUUAUGCUGGUUCCUGUGCCAGAAUAUCCAUUUGUUUAUAAGAAGACAAUGAGUGAGGAAUCAGUUAAACAUCCAUAUGCGGAAGAUGGCUCUUUAAAGGCAGAUUACUCCUCACUUGUUGACAUCAGAAUUGUUGAUAAAAAAAACUCAGUAGGUUUUGAAGCAGCUACCGGUCGUAUCAGUGAAGCAUCUGCUACAAAGCAAAGCUGGAACAAGUGGGAGAACAAUACCACUGCACCAAAACAAAGCUGGAACAAAUGGGCGGAGAACCACGACCACCACGGGGCACCAAAACAAAGCUGGAAAAAGUGGGAAAACCAUUCCAGUGGACGGGGAAAUGGAAAGGAAAAUGCAUGGGAUGAAAUUCUCCAGGCCUUCAGCGCAAAAAAAGCUAAUUUGUCCAAUGAAGUUCAAUGGAGAACAGGGGAGAAGAAAGCUUGGGAAGGAGCUGAUGGUCGAUGAGAGAUACUCCAGUGGGGUAGAUUUGCUAUCAUGUAAAGUCAAGCACCUCAAGGGCAAGUUGUUUACCUUUCAAAUAUGAAAUUUUGUACAAAAUUUUGCUACGUGCUCUUUAGAAGGUAGGAAGCCUAUGGAAACUAGGCAUUCUGUUUCAGUGUUUAGCUCAGUUAAGCCAUGGGAUCAACAUAAUUUCGUUUUGUUGUAGAGAAUUUUUCUAUUCUAUCAUGGUGGAAACAAAAUGGGGAAUGCUGCUUCGCUUCCAUCUCAAGAUAGAAUAUUUCAGCUACAGGAAUGUUUUUUUUUUUUAUU